UUAUACUUUUUGGGUAGUUUUUUUGCAUAACGAAAAUUAUUUGAAUUUUUUCCGAAAUUCCAUGCCAAUCAGCUGUCAUAAAAUAACAAUAAAGCAGGAAAAUGACCUGUUCACGUGGAAAAUUAUAUUUCCUGCUGCUUUUCCUCUUCCUGGCCAUUCUAAAAUGUGACGCUCUUCGCAAAUACACAAAGGAGGACAUCAAAAACCUUCGAGAAGAAGUUCGAGAAAUGUUCCAGCAUGCUUACGAUGGCUACUUGAGACAUGCCAGCGAUUUUGACGAACUCCGGCCACUGUCCUGCGACGGCGUGGAUACUUGGGGCAGUUAUUCCCUCACCCUGAUCGAUGCCCUGGACACGCUGGCGGUGAUGGGAAACAACACCGAAUUCCAGAGAGUUGUGGAGAUUCUCGUGAAUAACUCCAACUUCGACUCAGACAUCAAUGUGAGUGUCUUCGAGACAAACAUUCGGAUCGUCGGUGGACUCUUGAGUGCCCACUUGCUGUCCAGACGGGCGGGAGUGGAGCUGGAGCCUGGUUGGCCAUGCAAUGGACCACUGUUGCGAAUGGCUGAGGACGUGGCCAAGAGAUUGCUGCCUGCAUUCGACACCAAGACGGGAAUGCCGUAUGGAACGGUGAAUCUGAAGCACGGCAUCCCGCCGGGAGAGACCAGCGUCACGUGCACAGCUGGUGUGGGGACGUUUAUUGUGGAGUUUGGCGCGCUGAGUCGCCUGACAGGUGAUCCGAUUUACGAGGAAGUUGCUCUGAAUGCUCUCUACGCUCUGCAGACGUUCAAGUCACCGAUCGGACUGUUCGGGAAUCACAUCGACGUGCAGACGGGCAGGUGGACGGCCCAGGACGCAGGCAUUGGCGCCGGCGUCGAUUCGUACUAUGAGUAUCUGGUCAAGGGAGCGCUAAUGCUGAAUCGACCGGAACUCAUGAAGAUGUUCAACGCCGGCCGAGCGUCUGUGGAGAAAUUCCUGAAGCGUGACGACUGGUAUAUUUGGGUCAGCAUGAACAAGGGACAGGUCACACUUCCCGUCUUUCAAUCACUGGAAGCCUACUGGCCAGGCGUGCUGAGUCUCAUCGGUGACAUCAGUGCUGCCAUGAAGACGCUGCACAAUUACGUGGGCGUGUGGAAGCAGUACGGCUUCUUGCCGGAAUUCUAUAACAUCCCAAAUGCUGAAGCGGGCGCCAAUCGGGAGAACUACCCGCUCAGGCCGGAGCUGAUAGAGUCUGUGAUGUACUUGUACAGAGCCACGGGGGAUCCGUUUCUGCUGCAAGUGGGCGAGGACAUGCUGAGGAGUAUCCAGCACAGUGCCAGGACGUCUUGCGGUUACGCCACGAUCAAGAACGUGAGGGAUCACAGGAAGGAGGACCGAAUGGAGUCCUUCUUCCUGGCGGAGACCACAAAAUACCUCUACUUGCUCUUCGAUCCGGACAACUUCUUGAACAACGACGGGCGUUCGGGAACAGUGAUCAGCACGCCGAAUGGAGAGUGCGUGAUUGAGGCUGGUGGAUAUAUCUUCAACACAGAAGCCCAUCCCAUCGAUCCAGCGGCUCUGCGCUGUUGUUAUGAUGUGCCACGCCAAGAUCUCCUGGCCGGAUACAAAACCAUCGACUUCCGCGGGGAGAUCUUCAAGUUUACCGUGCAGAAUGACACGAUUCCCGAGGAGAAGCCAAUGGAGAACUUCACAAUCGAGGUGGAAACCACCAAGACUGACCCGGAGGAGACAAGGAAGAAUAUUGUGUUCGAGAUCUUAAGUCUCCUGAAGGAGAGCAAGCGUCAAGAGGAGGACAAGACUGAGGCGAACGCCACCACUGAGGAGAAAGCGGAAGACGACAGCAUUAUUCUCCCGACUGAGGAGAAGCCCGAGGAGACCACGAAAUCCCCUGUAGAUAGCAAGGAGGCUGAGGAGAUCACAGGAGAGGCUUCUGGAUCCUUUGUCUCCUUCGACGACGACAACACAAGUUCCAGUUCUUCUCUCAACACGACAGAAAGUCCCUCUGAUCCGGCAGACUUGAGAUCUUUUGUGGACAAUCAGAGUGAAAACAACUCUCUCUUGGCGGAAUUUGUUCAGUCUAUUCUGAAGUCAACGCAACCCGCGAGACCAAAGUUCGACGCUCAGAAUUUACUGGAGAAAGUCCGCCGAGGGCCACACUAUCAGGCAGCGAGGAACUUCUCUCUCCAGAGCGACGACUACAAGCUGCUGACUUGCAAAGCGCAAUCCUACCUCCAGCGCCUCAGCAUCCACGGGGAGUUCUUCUAGCUCUCACUUUGUGAUACCAAAAAAAAACACUAGGAAGUCAAACGUA